UCCCACACGAGCAAAUAAUGUCAGACUUAUGAGGGCAAGGCGUGGGGCACCUUUAUAUGUAACAAACCGUGAUCUCUGACGAUUAAACAUGUGGAUCGCUAAACGUCUCCUGUCAUAUUUAGUUCUCAAAGGACAUUACAGUCUGUUUUGCCGUCCUCCGAGCUCCUUGCCUGAAUAUGAGCUGAGAUUCCUGCACUGCACCUUUUGCAGCAGGAGCAGAAUAAUGGUUGCUGGGUUUGACACCCUGCAUGUAUCCGUUUCCUCUGAAGUAUGCCAGGAGGAUAGCAAACCCCUGGACUCAUGUUAUACAGCAGAGCAGCGAGCUGUCAUUCUCCAACGACUCAAUACAGCCUCUGAGUCUGAACUGGUCCAGUUCAAACUGCUGAGAGGGCGGAAAGCUGUCAGCAUUAUUGACUACAGAACCAGACAUGGACCAUUCAACGAUCUGGAGAGUGUCAUUAAUGUGCCCUUACUCAAACACAAGAGUGCUGUCACAGUCUUUAACUCCAUUCUUAACCCAGUUGAGAAGAAGGAGAGGAGAAAGGGAAAAGUCCAUGUGGCUAAAUUUAUUAGACCUGAAGUUGACAGAGCUUUGUUGAAGGAUGCAAGCUCCAUUGUGUCCAUUGUGUGUGGCACUGAUAAAAUUGCAUGGACACAUAUGGAUCGGUCAAGGACUGUGUUAGACUGGCGGCAAGCGGAGUGCAAGAGUUUUAUGAAAGGAACGUACAUGGCAUCAGAUUAUUUGGAUGAUAUCUCGACUACAAUAACAAACUUUCCUGCUGCUGACUUCUUUGUCGUGGAGAAGUCAAGCAUAUCUCCUCAGAACACUUCGCUUUAUCCGGUCAUGGCCCACCUCAGGACAGUAGAGGCCAUGUUAUUUGCUUUGCUUACCCCACCGAGGGAACCAGGGAGCCCCCCAAAAGUCCUUAACAUGAUGCGCACAGCAGUGGGUCGCCAUUUCGGCUUGAUGGUGGGGGAAAGUCGGACAAGUGGAGCUCAGACAGUGAAGAAGAUGAUGACGGAGUCUGUAUUAAAGCAAGAACCAUGGGUUCUUUUCCCUCAUGACUUGGUCCUAAGGCACAGGAACUCCUUUCAGAUGAGCAGUAAGAACAGAGGAGAAGAGCUGUGUGAUGCUCUUCUGCAGGCUGUUGCAUUUUUUGAACUCCUGAGGGAGUGAAUCACUAAAUGAUGACUAUUAUAUAUUUGUUUGGACCUGAUCAGCUGAGUGCCAGCAAGUUCCUCAUCCCUUGGAUUGAGUAAGACAUCAGAUGAUGAUGUCCUUCUGCAUGAGCAAUGGAUAAUGCAAUAUUUGAAAACAGUUGUUUGAUACACUACUACCAUUUCCUCUGAUCCAUCUCCUCUUUGAAGGUUAAUUAGUGUCAAUGUUGCUCUGAUGUGAUAUAGGAUUUUAUGUAGUACUUUUUCCUAAAUAUUAAACUAGAACCCAGUCAUAUUCUCAGGACAUAUAUACUUAGUAUAUUAGUUUUCUCUCUGGUCAGCUAUUUAAGGUUGUUUAUAAGGAAUGUGGUUCAUUUUAACAUGAAAUCUAAGCAAUGCAGUGGUUAGGGUUUGUAAUCGUAAGGUUGCUGGUUUCAUCCCCACAAAGAGUGUCUAAAUGACUACUUUUAAAUUGAUUUGUUUUCAUUUAUCUCCUGCAUGGCAGGGGAAGAAACUAAAUGUAGUGGGUCCUGAGCCCCUGUAUCGAAACAUAUGACAAGACCAACAGGUGACCAGUAGAAACAGGAAAUGAAUGCAACACUCAUUGCAUUAGUACACUGAAGUAGAUACAGAGAUUCCAGGCCUGGAAAAGUAAUAAAAAAAA